AUCUUUAUAGGGUAUGGCAAAAUUGUUUGAUUGUUUUGCGAACUUUUGUCACGACCCAAAAUAGGACAAUAAACAACAUAAAACUAACUUGCAAGAUAUCUUCUUACAUCACCAACGUGUUGCUGUCAUCUCCAAGAGAUCCAGAUUUUGGGAUUCAAUAGAUGCCUUCACAUGGGAUCAGUCUGGAAAGAAAGGAAGAAACAGACAACAAAGAUAGCUUCAAGUAGUUGGCAGGCUUCCAAAAAGACUCCUGAGAGUGUCAUGAGCCGAGCAAGAAAUGAGAUUUGUCAACAAGAGACAAUAUCUCCAAAAGGUGCCUCCUAAGAAAACAUGAAGUCAACGAGAGUCUUUGCCAUUCAAGAGCGCAGUGGGGCUGGAAGAGCCUUGAUUUCCACCAAAACUCUGGCCUCCCAAGAGUUGGUUCUGGGGGAGAAGCCAGCCUUUAUCUCUCCCCAUCUAUCUCUGUUUACGUCGUCUCCGUAUAAGAAUAUCUGUCCAAGUUGCUAUGGAAUUCACAACGAGGACCCGAGGUCGGUCUGUGCGAAUUGCACAGACGAUGAGAGGCUCCAACAGUUUUUCGACCUCGGUCUCACACCACUCCAAGCCAGCAUUUGCCAAGCCGUCGUGACCUUGGCUGAACUCAGGAAACGUCGCUCCAAGAAAGUGGACACUCUCAUGACUCGGGAUGUCCAGGAUGACGAGCUAUCCAUCAAAAUCUGCCAAGCUCUCGUACCCAUCUGCGCCCAAUCGAACAUCAAAAUGGUCCAUAUAAGGGAUGCCUUGGGAGUGCUGGCCACGAAUGGGGUCAAAGUGCAGCGAUCCAGUCAGUUUCUCCCUUGUGUAGCACUUUAUUCCAACUUCUCCAUGGCCAACCAUUCUUGCUUGAGCAAUUGCAACUACAUGUACGAUCCCGACACUUUCGAGAUAGAAUUAAGAACCAAAACUGUUGUUCCCAAGAACCGGGAACUUACCAUCACUUACCUUCAUCCCAUGAUGACAACCCAAGAAAGGCGAGAAGCCACACAAACCAAAUGGGGCUUCACUUGUAUGUGCAAUCGGUGCUGUGACGCCACGGAGUUGGGAACGUUUGCUGGUUCCAUUUGGUGCCAACUUUGUGGUGUGGGUGUUAUGUCGGCAUUGAGUCCCCGUUGCCCAGACUCAACUUGGUGUUGUGGAUCUUGCCGGUUUGAAAUGCCAUCCUCAGCCGUGAAUCAGCUCUUGAAAGCCCUUGCCGAGGGGAAUAUAUCAGAACAAACGAAUGAUGUUGGUGACUUGAAAGACACCAUUUUCAAGUUGGAAGAGACUCUUUGGCGAUCCAGUCAAUUCUUACAUUGGAACCACGCCAUGAUUUUGAACCUUGAAUACCGAUUAAUGCACCAUCUGGCUGCCCUUGACAAGAUUCCACAACGAACCCAAACCCAAACGAACUCAGCUCCAAAUGUUGACGCCAAGCUUCCAAGGCCAUUCUGGGAAAGGAGACUUCAAAUUGGAUUGCAUUUAUUGGAGGUGGUCGGACAAGUGGACCGGGGUAAAACCAAAUGGCGAGGGAUGGUAUUACAAGAUGUGGUCAUUUCAACCAUGGAGCUAGCCAAACGAGAUGUGCAAAAUGGAUCCAUUUCUAAAGAAGUCUUCAAGGCCAAAGUGAACAAAUCCAUUCAGUACACCCACGAGGCCGUGAUAUGUCUCAAGUUCGAGCCCCGUAACCAAGGCUGUUGAUAAAAAUAAAAUGGAUUUUCAAUGAAGAGCAUAAAAUAUCGAUCUGAAUUCGUUUGAUCUGCUCCCUUUUUCCCGAUACGGAGGACCGAUAAAGAUUUGAGCCCACUGCCAAAUUUAUCCUUGAAAUUGUGAUGGCAG